AUGGUGGAGCCAGAUGGCACGACUGAUCAUGACUUCGACACACAAGCAGAAGAAUCGCGGGGUCGAAAACCCCAAUCUCCAGGUGAUCUAGUCAUUCCCAAGAACCGAAGCACGGGAAACCUCCUUGCAUACUCCUCGAGAAACCCAUCCGGUCCAGAAAAAGCUCGAAUUCGAUUCUCGUUUGACGCGGGAAUUUCGGCGGCAGAACAUGAUUCCAUGUCGAGAUCACCAGUCCUGACAGAGCACGAACAUGGCCUCGGCGCUUCUGGUUUACGACGGAUUCGGCAGCAGCCUCUUUCCCGCGUGCCAAAUACUCCGUCGGAACCUCCAUCGCGAAGCGGUUCCAUAGGGCCACGAUCUGCCUCUAUGACGACUCUUUCUCUCGCGAAUUCUCGGACGCCUUCCAUGGCCUUUCCCUCCGGCCCUUCCUCCCCGACACUAAAUUUCACAGAAGAUCUCACUCGAUUCCCUUCAGAGUCACUGCACUCGUUCUCCUUUGCUCAUCAGUCCGAAGAGUAUAUCCAUAACCGCCAAAAUGUGUUGAAACGGUCCGUGGAGUUCAUGUCGCAGAAGCUGGGAUGGGGAAACGCAAAUGCAGGCAUUGCCAGUGCGCAAGCUCGAUUAAAUGGAGACCAAGAGAUGCAGGGCAUGUUGGAAAUGUUGGCAAGAGCGAAAUUAGUGGGUGCGAAUAAUAUCGCCGGAUCUGGCCAGGCACAUUUGACGGGACCCUUGACGGGACCUGCUUUGAUCGAGGAUUCUGGAAAUAUUUUCGAUGCAAGUUUUAUACGGCGUUCGAGCAGUCCGGAUAAUCUUGAAGGCACUUCACCUACAUCACUGCGGAAGACUUUUUCGAAUGUAGAGGUACCAAAGGGAGAUUUCCAAAAAGAUGCACAGGAUGACGCCGUACCUCUGCAGCCUGAGUCAGAACCUUCUUCAAGGACACCUACCAACGAGAGCGGAACGACUGCGAAAACAUCACCUCCCGUCACUCGAAGGCAGAGCCUGAAAAGAACCUACACCGACCUUGCUCCGCUGUCCUUACAGCACAAGCUUAUGGACGCUUUGGCACAACCAUACCUCGCUGGCGAUCCCCACGAUGGACUCCUCUCCCCAACUGUUCCUCAAUCCGCACGGGAUGCUUCGGCUUCGAUAGGAAUGACCGGCUUCCACCCUGUCGGCCCAGCGGUACAUGGCCAUUCAUCGAGGUGGGCGCCCGCUGCCCAAGCUAUAUUCACCACGGAAAGUGCUGCACCAUAUACGAUUUUGGCCGCGAACGAUCUCGCUUGUUUAGUGUUCGGUGUUACUAAAGCCGAAGUUCGCAAAAUAGGUAUUUUAGAGGUAGUGCGACCAGAAAGGAGAGCAUGGUUGGAAGACAAGUUACAUUCACCCGGUCCAAUGGCCGACCUUCAGGCCGACAGCGGCAAACAAUCACCCAAGACACAAAUGCCCCCACCACCAAGCCGUAGUCAAGCUCCGAGUCCUACCUCUUUCUUAAUGCGAAGUGGUGGAGUGACUGCCGCCCUUCUUAGUAGACCAAAUUCGAGAGCCUCACAAAAGAAACCGCAACGUGCCCAGACAGACGAUGGAGCAGGGUCGAGUCUGGUGAAAAGCAACAAUACCAAGGGCGGGCUGUUCCAUCCAGCGAAUAAAUCUCGAGGUGUCCUGCUGUGUGGUGAUGUGGUUCCUAUUCAGAAGAGGAAUGGAGCUACAGGCUCGGCAAGUCUUUGGGUCAAGGAAAAGCGAGGUGGACUGAUUUGGGUGCUUGAAGAGAUCCAUGAAGAUGUUGCUACUCUGUCGCUUGACGAAGAUGCCCAAGUGACGAAAAUCACUGGAUCCACAGGUCCACUUUGGGGCGAAGAUAUCACGAGAGUGGGCAUGGACAUUGGCAAGCUUUUACCAAAGAUACCUCGUCAGGGAAUGGUUUCUGGGACUGGAGAGAUUGAUUACGCUGAAGUGGUGAAGCGAAAGUACUUCACAGCUCGCAAUUCGGGAGGUGUGAAUAUUCCGUGUAAGGUGGAAAGAGUCGAAGGUAAUACGGAUCUACGAGUAUCUAGCUUUCCUCACAUUGCAGGUAUCAUGGUCUUAUCGUCUAAAACUUUGGAGAUUACAAGCUCAAAUUCAGUGUUCUCCGCUGCGUUGUUUGGACAGGAGAAACCUGAUGGACGACCCAUUACCGAUCUCAUCCCUGACUUUGAUCGCAUGUUGAAGAUUCUUACAGAUGAGGAUGGAAUAGGACUUGUCGAUGGUAUUGUUAUUCCCGAACAUAGUUUUCGAAAAGCUAGGGCAUUUCUGGCAUUACGAGAUGGCAAAGCAGAUGCUGCGUCAUACUUUUUACGUCCAGAUGGGCUCCGUGCCAAACACAGAGACGGGAGUGAGAUUAAGAUCGACGCCCAGUUAAGAGUCGUGAAAUCAGAGAGCAACCCACCCAUAAUUGACGAACAUGUCAUUGAGGAACGAAGCGACGAAGAAGACAACAAAUCGCCCAUAGAAGCGCCUCACAUGCCUUCCCCAGAGCUCGUCUACGCUCUAUGGAUCACUUAUUCUCGUCAUAUCCAUGCGUCAAGGCAGAGUUUUGGAGCCGGUUCACCGUUACUUUCAGGAGUUCAAACGCCAUUGCACCAACCUUCUCCUGGCCAACCAGAAGCUUCAAGUCCCAUGGAUAUGGAUUCUGAUGCGGAAGGUCCUCGUAAGGAGCAAACCCAUGCUUCUUUGUUGACUGCUCAAUUGAAAGCUGCAGCCAAAAAGACUGCCGAGAAACUUAUUGGUCGCAAUUCGUCAACUCCAAGCGAAAAGAAAACAGAACCAGAAGUCAAAGACAUUGCCCCAGUCGAGAAAAAGACAAUUGAGGAUUUUGUGAUACUAGAAGAAAUGGGUCAAGGUGCUUACGGUCAAGUUAAGCUCGCACGUUAUAAGAAAGACGGUAAUCGUAAGAUGGUUCUCAAGUAUGUUACGAAACGGCGCAUCCUCGUUGACACGUGGACUCGAGAUCGAAGAUUGGGGACUGUUCCACUCGAAAUUCACGUGCUUGAUUAUCUUCGAAGAGAGGGACUGAAACAUCCCAACAUCGUCGAGAUGAACGACUUCUUUGAGGAUGAUACCAAUUACUAUAUUGAAAUGCUUCCACAUGGUCUUCCGGGGAUGGAUCUUUUUGACUAUAUCGAGCUCCGUGUCAACAUGGAAGAAAACGAAUGUCGCAGCAUAUUUGUACAGGUCGCCAGGGCCAUCCAUCAUCUUCACACCAAAGCCCUCGUUGUUCAUCGAGAUAUCAAGGAUGAGAAUGUCGUUCUAGAUGGCGAAGGGAAUAUCAAGCUCAUUGAUUUUGGAAGCGCUGCAUAUAUCAAAAAUGGCCCAUUUGAUGUAUUUGUGGGUACAAUAGAUUAUGCAGCACCCGAAGUCCUUGGUGGCAAGUCCUAUCGCGGCAAAGAACAAGACGUAUGGGCGUUGGGUAUCCUGUUAUACACCAUCAUCUACAAGGAGAAUCCCUUCUACAGUAUCGACGAGAUCAUGGACCGCGAUCUCCGAAUCCCGUACAUCAUGAGCGAAGACAGCAUCGAUCUCAUCCGCGCCAUGCUCGAUCGCGACGUCGAGUCCAGAAUCACAAUAGAAAGGGUCCUGGAACAUCCGUGGUGUAAUAUGGAUGAGGAUGAUGACUGA